AGUCAAGCUCAAAAUCAAACCAAGUCUUUCUCGUACCAAGUCUUUGUCAAGGGGGUGAGAAAUUAUUUAUUUGUAAAACUUAGUUCUAUAUUGUGUUAAAUGACCGUGUCAAAGUACCCGAAAAAGUGUGUUGAUUUCUUUUCGUCAGUAAAACUAUGUGUGACUUUAGAUUAUUAGAGAAAUAGUGGCGGGGAAGAUGUUAUUUAACGAUAAAAAAAUGUAGGUAUGAUAAUUUCAACAGACACAAAUAUAUGACAUCACGUUAGAUUAGAAGGAAGCUGACAGGGCACACACGACAGAACUAGGACACUAUGUUGGACUCAACGUAAGAUACUGAUGUAUCGCCGAGGAUUUGAUAUUUCCAAGUUUGAGGAAAACAGUUUAAAUCUACCACACAAAAAAAACAACAACAAAAAACCUAACUAUUUAACGCCCACAAUCUGCAACACUUGCAAAACCAGAAGGCACGGCAAAACAUCAACCUUUGGGUAGUGUAAACAACAACUCUCAAACUGAACGAGGACAAACACGACACGGCAACAGGAGGGCGCGAGUCGAUGACGCGAUGAAAAUGCCAGCUACUGCAAGGCAAUGAAAUGCUUUAGCAUAUCGUGUUUGACAGAAAGUUUUCCAAAUUCCUUGAGACCUUCAUGAAGAGAGCGCUUCCGUUACUGCUAAGCAAAAGUCAAGGCUUCUCACUCACAAGCUAAGAUGUAAAUUGUAUUGAUUGCACAGCAUCAGCAGACGACACGGAGAGCAAAUGACUUACUUUAGGAGAGGGAGACAUCUCAUUGAUCGCAUCUGUAUCUUUCAACAAAACAUUUAGCAGACUCAGUAAUUCAUAGCGCACCUAUAUUAUCAAACAAUAUCUCGUUAUCUACCAGAUAAUUUAAGAAUGCAAAGAGAUCAACUUGUCACUCAUAGUCUGUCAGUGAAUCGUUCCUUAAAAAUCGCUGUCACUUGUCAAGAUGAUCAGCUUUGAUUGUGUCAUUCCCUAAAAUAGCAUUGGCUAAAAUAGGAUAAGAUUCUUUUAUUAGUCGAAUUAAAUGGAAAUAGCAAUUUUAAAAAAAAAAUUACUUUGUACAUAUCUAUUUUCCUCAAAUAAAUAAAUGCAUAUUUUAACCAAGUCAAAAUUUUACAAUUAUAACAAUAUAAACACAAGACAUCUAAAGUAUUUAUCUGUGCGUAGAAAUCACCCAUUAAUCAACUCUUUUAAUGACCAUAAUGACUUAAUUAGUGAUCAUUUAGAUUUGUUAACCACUUGGAAGGGGGUGGGGUGAGGGGAGCACGCUGGUAAAUUCGUACAGACUGGGGAACAGAAUAAAUGUGUUUCUUUCGGUCCUAAUUUUAAGAGACAGAGUUCGCACUGAUCGAGCUAAUCUGAGGUAUCUCUGAUGAAGGGUGGGGUGAGGUCUUCUGUACAUGUGAUGAAGGGUGUGAUGAGGUCUUCUGUACAUGUGAUGAAGGGUGAGGUGAGAUCUUCUGUACAUGUGAUGAAGUGUGGGAUGAGGUCUUCUGUACAUGUGAUGAAGGGUGGGAUGAGGUCUUCUGUACAUGUGAUGAAGGGUGGGAUGAGGUCUUCUGUACCUGUGAUGAAGGGUGGGGUGAGGUCUUCUGUACAUGUGAUGAAGUGUUGGAUGAGGUCUUCUGUACAAGUGAUGAAGUGUUGGAUGAGGUCUUCUGUACAUGUGAUGAAGUGUCGGAUGAGGUAUUCUGUACAUGUGAUGAAGUGUUGGAUGAGGUCUUCUGUGCAUGUGAUGAAGUGUUGGAUGAGGUCUUCUGUGCAUGUGAUGAAGUGUUGGAUGAGGUCUUCUGUGCAUGUGAUGAAAAGGGCGGGAUUGAGAUUCCUUCAUUAUUCAGUUCUCACUCGCUCAUCGUGGAUUGGCUCACGGUCCAUACCACGCAUGUGAAAAUUCAGGGAGUACAAUGGAAGGUGAUCCAAUUAUUUGAGAACAUUGACAACAUCAAACUGGUGCAUUCUCAGAAUGAAUCAAACAAACAAAUCUAGUCACACUGACAUACGUGGUGACAUAUGUCAUAGUCAGUGAAUAUAAAAUGAAUUAUUGCAACAACAAAAUCUUCUUCGGAAAAAAAAAAUCAUUUGUUUCGGAAAAAAAAAUGAAUGCAAAUUAAUUUGUCUUAUUUAAAAAAACUUAUGUCCAUCUCUUUGCGAUGUUUUAUCAUGAUCUUUUUUUGGCGCAGAUCUCAUAAAAAAUGAAGUCCUCAUUCCUGCUGACCUUCAUUGUCGUCUGCAACCUGUGUUGGCUUGUUACAAGUCUGCCUGCAUACUCAGAACUAAGUGAGAGAGAAAUCGGCGAGGCAUUGGCCACUGAUGUAGAACGAGCGCUGGAGACACUUGAUCAGGUUAGGUUUAAUGAGAUGUCUCAACACUGCCGACCUUAGAUUAACAACUGGAUAUCAGGUUAGGUUUAAUGAGAUGUCUCAACACUGCCGACCUUAGAUUAACAACUGGGUAUCAGGUUAGGUUUAAUGAGAUGUCUCAACAAUGACGACCUUAGAUUAUUAGCUCGGUUUUUUUUCGAUAUACUUAAAUGUUUCCAACAUUAAAUGGGUGUUACAGAAAGUGACGAUGUCGAAAGUAUAAGUCCAUUUCUGUUUGGCAAAGAUCUGUCGUCUUUUUAAUCUGAGAAAACGUCUUUCUUCUUCUUCUAUAUAUCACGGGCCCACGAUCAAUGUAUUAAUCACUAUGGCUCCUAUGUAUGUAGAGGAGAUUCGCAAUGUUUCUGUACCUGGUGUUGAAGAGGAUACUUCACUGGUUGCAAGGUCUACUCAGAAAGUGUAUCAUGAACUGGGGUUUAAAAGGCCUGAGGAAAUUUCAAUUUCAGUCUUAACACUUCAAUAAAUUUAAUGGCAAUUUUCCCCAUCAGGAUUUGAGCAUUCCCAUGUAAUUAUCUGGAAAUAUUUGUAAGGCUUUUAAGUUUGGACUAAACUUUUUGGGACAAGUUGUAUCAAAAGAGGAAAUAUAUAUAUAUAUAUAUAUAUAUAUAUAUAUAUAUAUAUAUAUAUAUAUAUAUUUUUUUUUUGCUCUCGCGCACUGUGAGAUAUAUUUGUGAGUGUUUUAAGUUUGGACUAAACUUUUUGUGACAAGUUGUAUCAAAAGAGGAAAUAUAUAUAUAUAUAUAUAUAUAUAUAUAUAUAUAUAUAUAUAUAUAUAUAUAUAUUGUUCUUUUGCCCUUGCGCACUAAGUGAUAUAUUUAGACUUAGUAACUCAUCCCUAGGUUAAACAGUCUAGAUUUCAUUAGGUAGAGUUGAUAUCUUUUUUUGUUUAGCAGUGCUUGCUUUGAGACACAGUCAGUGAGAGUCGAAUUUACACCACAUUCAUGUACACUGUCGAAUGCUUGGCUGUGAACAGUUUUUACAAUCACCUGAUGAACCAUUGUACAGCCUGUCAAUUGUUCGUUUGUGCCAAUUUAUUUACGUUUCAUUUUAACGUAAUUCCCGAUAAAUGAACCUAGUUUAUAUAAAUUGUUUAUUUGCACUAAAAGUCAACAACAAAUCUUUGGUCAUUCCAAAUACCCAGUUAGACGCAAUUUUCGUCUCCAAUAUGUGUAUAAUUUUUUUCUUUCACUCUGUCUCGAAAGCCUUGGAAACGUUUGUGGUGUUUCUAAACGCGGUUCUCUUUGUGCAGGAAUCGGCGGCAAGGAUACAAACGUCAAACACUGAAAGAAUCAAACGAUUUCUUUAAAAAAUAGGUCUUCUAAAAUAGGUCUUCUUUAAUGGGUCUUCUAAAAUAGGUCUUCUAAAAUAGGUCUUCUAAAAUAGGUCUUCUAAAAUAGGUCUUCUAAAAUAGGUCUUCUAAACACACAUUUUCAUGAAAUUUGAUCUGCUUUAGUUAUUUUUAAAAAAAAACAUAAUAUUAGCAGAUCGUUUAAAGAAUUAAUUUUCUGUCUCAUUGUAGCACUUACUGCAAACCUACAUACACACAUACACAGGCACCCACCCCAAAACAUCUGAAUCCCCCCCACCCCUAAAUCACCAACAAAAUAGAAAAAAGGAACCUAAGGUCUAAAUGAAAAUGUCUAUGUCAUCCAGGUAUUGAACCAGGUGAACCGCGAGACCUCACCCGAGAGACGAGACUGGUGGGGAAAUGUCUGGAACAACGUAAAGGAUUACUGGAAGACCAAUAAAAACGAGAUCAUUACCACGACAGCCCAGAUACUUCUGGGAAAACGCCAUCCUGUGUUUCUCAGCAGCGACGUCAAUCGACCUCUGCUCGGGUCUUUGGAGUGACCACAAAAUGAAGAACAUGCAUGACUUUUUUUUAUUUAUUUUUUUUUAAAGGACUCAUUGAAGCAAAUAAAAUUUUGUUUUCCGGGUUCCUGAAAGUUUCUACAUUCUAGAAUUGAUCAAAGAGAAACCCUAGCAAUGUUUGUUUCUGCCGGC